AUGCUUGUUCUUCUUGUUGCAGGAUAUGGCCAGACAGGACCCAUGUCACACAGAGCAGGUUAUGAUGCUAUUGCUUCUGCUAUGUCUGGUCUAAUGCACAUCACAGGACCUGAGGAUGGAGAUCCUGUUCGCCCAGGAGUGGCCAUGACUGAUCUCGCCACUGGCCUUUUUGCCUAUGGGGCCAUUAUGGCUGGCCUCAUACAGCGUUACAGAACUGGAAAAGGACUGUUCAUUGAUUGUAAUCUACUGUCAUCUCAGGUGGCAUGUUUGACCCAAGUAGCUGCUAAUUAUCUUAUUGGACAAAAGGAAGCAAAACGCUGGGGCACAGCUCAUGGCAGUAUUGUUCCUUAUCAGGCCUUUAAAACCAAGGAUGGCUAUCUUGUAAUUGGAGCAGGAAAUAACCAACAGUUUGCUGUUAUAUGCAAGAUCUUGAAUUUGCCUGAAUUGAUUGAUGAUUGCAAGUAUAGAACAAACCAUCUUCGGGUACAGAAUAGAAAAGAGCUUGUGAAAAUCCUGUCGGCAAGGUUUGCAGAAGAAGUGACUGCCAAGUGGCUUUGUCUCUUUGAAGGAAGUGGGAUCCCAUAUGGCCCAAUCAACAGUCUAAAGGAUGUGUUUUCAGAAGCCCAGUUCUAUGAGUCCCAAAUUCAGAAUCAACUUCACCAGGUAUUGCACAAUGGCCUCGUUAUGGAGAUGAAUCACCCCACUGUGGGGAAGAUUUCAGUCCCAGGUCCAGCUGUAAGAUACAGCAAGUUCAACAUGUCAGAGGCAAAGCCACCUCCCCUGCUGGGACAGCACACAAGGCAUAUCUUGAAGGAGGUUCUCAGAUAUGAUGAGGGGGCUAUUGGGGAGCUACUCUGCUCUGGUGUGAUAGAGCAACAUGAAACCAAGUGACAGAGGAGAAUGUAUCUGAAAACUCUGCCUGGCUGGCCCAGAAAGUGAGUGCUCUGCUCAUGCCUCUCUCCAGUCUUGAUCCCACUUCAAAGCAUCGUGAGGAGAACUGCAGAUUACCUUCCUGGAAUCUCUGGGGUAACUUUAGAAUUAAAGUCUAGUGCCCAUUUAAAACUUACUGUUUUGACUUUUAUCUCUAGAAAAUAAUUUAAUUAUUGAUUUGUGGACUUUGAUUAAUUCUAAUUUUCUCAUCCAAGAGAAGCGAUAACUGUUUGGUGAUGAAACGUUCUCAUCGAAUUCUUCCACAAUGUACACAUGUAUGGAAACAUCAAAUUAUAAAUUGUAGUUUUGAUUUCUCAAUUGAAAAUAAAGGAAAACCAAAAAAUA